CCAAUAAAUGUUCACAACACGCAAGAGCCAUGCAAUCAACCUCGGUGAAAAGUUAAAGACUGACCAGAUGUUUUCACCUAAAUUACAUCAUUUCGUCAGCCUUGUGUCACAAGAAAGCUUCACAAGGGUAGCCUGCUGUCACAGAAAUGUGAGUUGUUUUGCUGGUGUGCUCGGAAGACUGAGCUUGGCCCGGGGAAAACCAGAAACCGAAGUUCGCCAACUUGCCUCGUUACGAACACGUUUGCUUGUGUCGUCUGCACCUCUUUUCACGUGCAGAACAUUUCCAGUGAGUUCGUACGUUCAAACACGACACCAUUUCCAAUUCCCUGAAAACCGCCAUCAACCGAUAUUGACACCUACAAAGAAAAUGGCAGAGGCUCAGAGACAGUCGUUCCGAGCGAAACACCAGAAACGGCACAGACGGUUUGAAGGCGCCGAAGUUCAGGAGAGAAAACUGGACAGGCAGGGUAAAGUCUCCAUUCAAGUGACAGGCUCGGGAACCAGGGCCUGUCCGCCUUCUGUCUUGGUCAUUGCUGACUCUGGCAGGUAUCUUUUCAACUGUGGUGAAGGAACACAGCGUCUCAUGUUUGAAAACAGAUUGAGAAGCUUGGCCAAGCUUGAGCACAUUUUCUACACCCGUAUGGCCUGGGAGAACCUGGGAGGAUCAAUUGGAAUGAUGAUAACCCUGAAGAACGUGGGUUUGCCCAAGCUGUCUCUGUACGGCCCUCAAGAACUGACUGAAUUCAGCAAAGCCCUGCAGAUAUUUGCCAAGCAUGAAGCCAUUGACCUCGAUGUCAAACCAUACACGCUUGGUCCCUUUCUUACUGAAGUCAUGAAUGUCACACCGGUACCCCUAUUUGAUGGUUCUGACCGUGGGCAAACCAGCUCCAGAAGCCCCUCAUCCACCACCUACCCACCGAGCCCCCCAGUUGACGGCCCUACUGCAAAGGAGGAAACAACGGAUGCAGGCGAAGAUCAGACAGAGGACGAUCUUGAGGCUGAGUCCAGUGACUCGGAUGGAAAGAAGAGGAAAGCUAAGGAUCCCUUUGAAGUGAUUUCGCAAAUGGCAGUGAAGCAGCGCGAUAGCCCAAGUCCUAAACGAAGGAAAAUCGAAGACACUCCAAACAUGACCAUUGCAUACAUCUGCAAGCUUCAUGACAUGCAUGGCCGUUUGGAUGUACAGAAGGCAAAAGACAUGGGAUUAAAACCGGGUCCCGAAUACGGCCUUCUCAAAGCCGGAAAAGCUGUGACAACACCUGACGGCAAAGAAAUUAAACCUGAGGAUGUACUACAGCCAACCACACCUGGAGCCGUCUUUAUAAUUUUGGAGUGCCCAUCUGAGGAGUUCGUGGAGUCUGUUGUCAACAAUGAAACCAUGUCAAGAUAUCAAGCAGACUGCGGUGACAAUACAGCCACGUUGGUGUUACACAUGUGCCCAGAAAACGUCAUCAAUGAUGCCAGGUAUCACGGCUGGAUGCAGAGAUUUGGCCCGACCACAGAACACCUCAUCUUUAAUCCCACUUGCCACUCAGUGACCCACGCGGCCAGCAGACGCAUCCAAGCCAAGCUGAACCUCAUCCAUAAGGACGUCUUUCCCCUUCUGCCUGUCCAAGAGACCGAUGCAGUUCAACAGGAAAUAGCAAGCACAGAAGAUAGUCCAGGGAACGUGAGAAUCCACAAGGCAGAGAGCUAUUUGCGAUACCACCUGCGUCCGCACACAGGCUGGGAUAGAGAGUUUGUCCAGUCGCCAAGCAACCAGCCGUUCAUCGAGGAAGCCAUGGCCUUAACAGGCUUUAAGGAGAGACUGGAUGAGUUGGGUAACCAGCUAACGGAGCACCAGCAGAGAUGCUCGACAGAGGAUAGUCCACGGUACCCUGAGGUAGUGUUCUUGGGGACCGGUUCCGCUAUGCCUAACAAGGAGCGGAAUGUCACCGGUAUCCUGCUCAACUUGAGUAAGAGCCAGUCUAUGAUCAUGGACUGCGGAGAGGGGACAUUUUGCCAGUUGUGUCGUUUCUAUGGAGACCGCGUAGAUGACAUCUUGGCCAAUCUCCAGAACAUCUUUGUGUCUCACUUGCACGCUGACCAUCACGGGGGUCUUAUCCAAAUCCUUCGGCAGUGGAAAAGAGUCAUGGUUGAGAGAGGAGAAAUGAACAAAAAUCUGAUCCUGGUGGGGCCCAAGCGGAUGCUGAUCUGGCUCAACAAUUACCACGCCUCUUGCGAGUCGUUCAUUCACCAGAUGAAGUUCAUUGAAUUGGGCGACCUGUCCUGGAGAUCAGAAGAGAGGACUAGACAUGAGCAGUCCUUACUGACAAGACUGAAUUUAGCAGAGUAUACCACAGUGCCAGUGCCUCAUUGCUUCAACAGCCACGGUCUUGUCAUCCAACAUGAAGAUGGCUGGAAACUAGUCUACUCUGGUGAUUCCAUGCCUAGUGAUAAUCUCAUCCAGGCUGGUAAAGAUGCAGAUGUCUUAAUUCACGAGGCGACAUUAGAAGACGGUUUGGAGGCUGAGGCCCAGAAGAAACGUCACAGCAUGAUAUCUCAAGCCAUCGAUGUCGGCCAGCAGAUGGGGGCCAAGUUCACCCUGCUGACACACUUUAGCCAACGCUACCCUAAGAUUCCCUUCUUUGAUGAGCAGCUCAGCCACAGAGUAGGCAUGGCCUUCGACAAUAUGAGGGUGUCCCUCUACCAGUUGGACCAGCUGCCACUGUGCUUGGAGGCCCUCAAGCACGUCUUCACCACAUACAUCCAGGAGAUGCAGGAAACGAGGGACAAGAAGGCUGAGAAGGAGACCAUCCUGCCCCUGCAGAUCGCCCUCAAGAUUGGCAAAGUGGUCAGUGAGGAGACCAACUCGGACGGGAAGGAAACAGAAGGUCAGGCAACCUCUGCUAGUUGAUACCAAAAAAACCCAAAGUAAUCUUUUUUUGGGAGUCACAAAUUUUAUUUGAAUUCAUUGCAAUACUUUCUAAAUCCAACACUACGUAAACAGAACGUUUGUAAAGACAAGACGAAUCACCCACUGGUUAAAUUUUGGUUGAAAAAAAAAAAUCAUGCUUUUUAUACAUUUGGCACAAGUUUAGUUUGUUGGUUAUUAUCCUGUUACCUCAUGAGCAAAGUGAUAUCAACAGGCAUUCGGUUUAUUUAUACAUGUAUUAAGGAUGUAUUUUCCAUGCUGUUUUGAGUUUUGCCCCGAAAAAUAGAUUUGUUUUUGUUUUUCAAGUGGUAUUUUCCUACCAAUAUAUAAAAGUUACUGAAUAAGACAUCAAACCCCAAAAAAAUCUACAGACAUGUAGUUAUUGAAUAAAUUUUUUUUUUAAACAAUAUUUGAAUUAUUUGCGGCCCGAGUAAAAGUUGGCUCAUGGGAGAGGUGUCAUUUGUGUGCAAAAUGAAAGCCCCUUUUCAGAGGGUUGCAGAUGCCCAAAAUUGGAGGGACAAAACGUAGUUUUUAUUUUCAUUGAAACAAAACAUACAAAUUGUAAAUUUGUUAGCAGAAAACAAAAUCUUAUUUUAUUGAGAGCAGGGGCCACGCAUAUGUAACAUUAUUUAAAAGAGCACAGUACAUAAGAUGUUCACCCAAAAUUACUGCAAAUGUAAGAAUCAAGAAGACUAAUCUUUCAGUCAUGCCUAGUUAAUUCUGUGGGUGUAAGCUUGGGUUUGGAUGGUGCAUCCAAGUGCUAAUUUUUUUUUGUAUUCGAUUUUCACAAGAAUUAACAGCAAAUUUUUUUUUUUACUUUUGAAGUAAACAAAUAUUAGUUGUAAACUGACAAUGUAAUAAAUUACUAUUUAAGUAUACAGA